CAUGUAUGAUGUGUUCAUUGAAGCUAUAAAGCUCGAAAUUUUGUUUACCUGCUCGUCAGAAGCCAGUGAACAACGUUCGAGGGUAGAUGUUUCAUUGGAAAUCCCGAGUGAUAUUGGACCUUACGUAUAAUCAUUCGUUACUCCAUACAUAUCUCCAACAUAUCAACUGCUCAAGUUAAUAAAACAAUAUCAUCAUCAUUUUGACUGGGAUUUUGAGCUACAAUCAUCGAGGAUGCACACAGUGACGUUAUGGACGAGCCUUGUUCUGGCAUGCACAAUUACUUAUCCACUUAUCGCCGUCUGCGAGUACGUCGGAUCUCUUCCUCCAGAGCAUCGGGAUGACGCCGAGGCGUUACAUCUGCAAGAGCUUCGUCGGCAGUAUCUGCAGUUGCAGAAACAGCAGCAGGAAGACCCCGAGGCGCAACAUCUCCAAGAGGUUCAUCAUCAGUAUCUGCAGCUGCAGAAGCAGCAGCAGCAGCAGCAGCAGCAGCAGCAUGAAGACGCCGAGUCGUUACAUCUCGAAGAAGCUCAUCGUGAGUAUCUGCAGCUGCAGAAACAGCAGCAACAGCAGCAGCAACAGCAGCAGCAGCAACAGGAGCAGCUACAGUCGCAGACGAAUCAAGCUCAAUCGCACGAGCAGGACAACUAUCAUAGCAAUGGAGAGAAGAGAGCCGCGACCGUGGCAGAGCCUACGUGCGAGGAACUGCGCGCCAUGUGGCGUUACAGCAAGCGACAGAGCAGGGCCGUCGAGGGUUCCAACGAGCUGCCGCUCUACAAGGAUCCUUUCAACUACAACAUCUGGGAGGCGGACAACGCCAGACUGAGAUCUUCCACCGGAUACCAAGACGAGUACCAGGGAACGCCUCGCAGCCGAGGGGCUGGUGGUAUGCCAGUUUACGGAAAGCUCGUGCACAAGGCCCCGGCCGGCAGUAGACUUCGCAACGGAAUGCCCCACAAGGCCUUCGAGGAGCUUAGCAGUUACUACGGUACGGUGUCGCGUCACGCCCCGGCCGCCUCUCCGGCUGGCGGCAAAGGUCGCAUGUUCCGUCACGGUGCCAGUGGUUCCGCGCCCCAAGCUGGCAAGUUCAACGAGCUCAAGCAGUACGUCAUUUCGGAACGCGCUCAAGAUCUCGAGAAAAUAAAAGGAAAUGAUGCAUCCCAAAGAGAAAAACGGAGUCCGGAUAAUGCGCGUGCUAAAGUUGAAUUGACCAUGGAACAACAGCUCCUUAAAUUAGACGAAGCUAUUAAUCAAAGUCUAAAAAAAGAACUGAUAUUAGAACCUUCACUGUUCCAUAAUGGGGAACCAACUGUACUUACUGACGAAGAGUUCCUUAAAAAUGAAGCUAAACACAGAGCUCUUUUUGAAUUUCAAGAUUUUCUCGUCAGAGAGUACCCUACGUUAUUUGAUGAAGCGACCGCAAAAAGACUUCGACACCAUAUUGAAACUGGAAAAUUGCAACCAUUGAUUCAAUACCCCAAAUUACGAACUCUGAAUCAUGAACAAGGCUCAUCGCUAGACCCCAUUGAGCAAGAACAAGAAUGGGUCAACGUAAGAACAAAAAGGGUAAAAAAAAGUCUGGAUAAUGAAAUUGAAGAGCAACUAAAUUUUGAACCUAAAAAAUUACAUACAUUAACUGCACUCUAUGGAGGGGAUGGUCAAGUAAAUUAUUCACCAAAAGCCCGAUCAUUAACGUUAAAAGAUGCUCCUUUUUAUGAAACGGUCCAAUUUCAAGAUCCUGCCCAAAAAUGGUCUUCGCCGAUCGGCAAUCACUUAGACUUACAAACCCAGUAGAAUAGCCUAGUUUUAGUCAGACAAGUUCAUAGGAUGCCUUUUAAACAAAUUUUUAAACAGAAUCAGCGGAGAGCGGAGGAAAUGGCAUCGCGUGCAGCCGUCUUCAAAGAAAUAGACAAUCGACGACAGAGUGGCGAUCAAUCUUCGGAUUCGCGGAAUACCAAUUUUCUCAGCGCACUGCAAGCUUACGAAGAUCCAAAAGCUUACGAUGCAAAAUUUGCUCCAGAAUCCGACGAUUUCGAUCAGUCUGUUGUGAAAGCGAAUCGAUAUCGACGGGAGUUUGCUUUGCGUUAAACGAUACAGUUCAUCAAACGCCUGGCCGUCAAUACAUCACCGAUGCGAUUUUUUCUGUUUUUACGCUGUGUUUCUGCAUCACUGGAUACAUUCUGACACGGGCAAACGGGGGGCAUGUUCAUUUUACUUAUUCGAUUUCAUAUGAGUACAGCUGCCGCUGUAAGUAAUUAUACUUAAUGUAUCACUACGAUUGUUGGCGAAUGAAGAGCUAUAGGCAUACGUUAGUUAGUUAACUUGACAAUAACUCAAUGGGUGAUUUUUUUGUUUGCCUGUAAGUCGAAUCAUUCUGCCUGCUUAAAAACUACGCGUAUAAGCGAAGUAAAUACUCAAUUUUUUGUUAUAUAAAAUUUGUUAUUCAGCUAUAUAUUAUAUAUUAUUUAUUAAUUCAUAAUUAAUAUGUAUAUAAUAUAAUGUAAAGUUAAUUAUUUAUAAAUAAUAUCAUUUACUACCAACUAUUAAUAUGUAGUUAUAAUAAUAUUAUAGCUAUAUAUUACGUUAUUAAACUACGGGAUAUUUUCAACCAUAAAGUCUAGUAUGAAUUAAAUUUUCAAUAAAUUGAUUUCAAUUUUGAAUGAAAAAUUCAAUUCAUAUGCAUUCGAAUUGAUAAUAACUGAUAAUGGCACUGACAAUAAUGUAAUAAGUUCAUAUUUUAUACACGUUCAACUUCCCCGUAGUUGGCAAUGUGUAGACAAAUCACGUAUAAAUUAUUACGAAAUAAUUUAUGAAGAUGUAAAAGAAUUUUUAAAUUUGAAAAUGAGUAUAAUAUUGUUCGCUGGUAGAAUUUAAAUCUUUCUUAUUCUAGGUAAUAAUAAUUAAUGUAACAUUGUGCUAACUUAAUAAAACAUUGACAAUAACUUGUGCACGAGACUUGUCUGAAUAUACUAUAAAUAUUAUAUAUUGUGUAUUAUGUACAUUAUAAAUAGAAAUAUGAACGAGGCGAAAUUCACCUACAAUAAAUUUUUUGACAAUAUAAAUAAAU